AAUAUGGUUAGAGUAGAAAGUGGUGAAAUUUGUCAGGAUUUUAUUGGAAAAACAUGUAACCCUCAGUGGGAAAGGAUGUGAAUUGUUUAGAGCACUUGAGCAGGUGUUUGAAUGGUAGGGCUUUAAAAAGCUUUGUGGUGGUUGAUGAUAUUGUUUUGUCCAUUGAGGAGUUUGAAGCAGUGAAGUUUAAUAGUAAAACUGUCUGAAAUGGCAAACUUAAAAGAGCUGUUGGUUUUUCUUAUGCCUUACAACUCUGUGUUUUACUUUUACGAUUGAGUGCACUGUGAUUUAAAUUUGUGAGGUUUAUAUCGGAAAUACCUAGUGUUAUUAUGUUUUGUACAUUGACAUUAUGAUCCUUUGCUCACUGAUAAAGAUUUCCUUCAACUAUUCACAAUGUCAGCUGGAUUAUUGUUUCGUAUUGUUUUAAACUGACAAUGAAUAAACCUGUUUGUUUUGAAUGAAUACAAUCAAUGAAAGAGUAAAUAAACAUGGUUUAGAAUUUUUGAACUGAAAUUUGAAUUAUAACUUGAAGAUUGAUGACAAAUUUUAAAUUGCAUGAUCAUGUGGUUUGGUUUUAUUUUUGGAAAUUAUUAACUGUGACUUUUCUGAAUAACAAGAUAUAUAUCCGAUUUAGAAUGUUAUCUUUCAAGAGCCAUAAUUAUAUUGCUCAUGUUUUAAUACAAACAUUCUAUAUAAAGCUGUAUCUGGCAGGAAACAGGAUUCAAUAUAUAUUAAAAUUAUGAAAACAAUACCAUUAUGAUGGCAAGUUAUCAGACUUCAUGUUCAUAAUCAUACCGUUGCCUGAAGCCGGCAAAUUUGGAUUACUUAUAUAUAUAGAAGUGAAAAUUUCUGAAAAUAAUAAAAGUGAAAAAAGAUGGCAACUCCAUUAGGGGAACGUUCACAGUUUGCGCGAUCUUCUCUACGCAGAUCCAAACGUCGUGUCCCAGGCCAUGGACUAAACAUUAGACAGCAACUAGCAGAACAGCUAAAAUGUCUCGAGGGUCGUCUAGAAACGCAGAUGGCCAUGGUGCAGGAGAUCCAGGACUUCUAUCGACGAAAAGCAGAGCUCGAAAUGGAAUAUUCCAGAAAUCUGGACAAACUUGUAAAAAAUACCUGGUCUCGACACAAACAGGAGAAACAAAAACGUGAGCACUGGGACAAAUUCAGCACGUUCAACUGUUGGUCACAGCUGCUUGAGAUCACGCGGAAACAGAGUCACGACCAUGGGAUACUUGCAGAGAUCUGCGGACAGCAUGUGCACAACAGGCUUGCGGAAAUACAAGACAACUCACAGCGGCUUUUUAGACGGUGUAAAGAUAUCGGGUCAUCCAGCCAUGAGGACAUUCUCAAGACACUGUAUGAACUCCAAAAGGCAAUGAAGACCUACCACCAGUACCAGCAAGAGAGCAAAACCGCAGAAGAAGCCCUCAAGAAGGUUCAAUCACAGAAGUCGAAGGUGGAGCAGCAACUCUCGGGGAAGUCCCUGUCCUCCAGCAGAAAGUUCAAGAAGAUUGAGAAACAGGAAGAUGAGAAAAAGGACAAAUACUCAGUGAACAAGUUGAAAGCCCUUCAUGCACGUAACGAGUACCUGCUCAAUAUUGAAGUCGCCAACUCUGCGAUCCAUAAAUACUUCGCUGACGAUGUCUCCGACCUUAUGGAUUGUAUGGACUUCGGCUACCACAAUUCCAUACGUGGAACGGUAAUGAUCUACCAGACAGCCCACUGCAACAUGCGGAACUCACACUUAGCUGCAGUGGACCUGCUCAAUGACGUCAUAUCCCGCAUGGAUCCACAGAACGACAAGCAGAAAUUCCUCGAGCUGAACAACCAAGCAUUCAUGCUGCCGAAAAAGUUUGAAUUUCAGCCAUAUCGGGGAGAUGAGAUGCGUCAGAUCAGUGCUCAAAAACCUGUUCAAGACCAGCUGGUGCAGAGUCACAACUCAUCACAGAAUGUUCUAGAAAAACUCAAGUUGGAAAAUGAUGAGACAUGGAAAUCAUUGGAAGCCACUGAAAAGUCUUUGACGGAACUGAUAAACCGUAAAGACAUUGACGUCACCAGUUUGUUUGUAGACGAAAAUACUCCGCCAAGAUCGCCCCAUGAGACGGACAAAAAACGAACUCAGCGUCUGGAAACUGAAAAAUAUUACUUAGAUAAAUUUGAGUCCUACACCCUCAGCAACAACAGAAUUGCGAGACUUCAGGCCAAGUUUAAUGCCAUUCAGAAAGCCCUUGGCGAAGAUUCAGCCUCUAGUGGAGUUAGAGUGAGAAAAGGCUCUGAGAAGUUGAUAUAUCUAGAACUGAGUAGGAGGUUUUCUCUCAAUAGGCCGCCCUCCUUGCCCCCUAAACCAAAGAAGCGACGUAUAGGUCGGAACCCACAGGUCGGGCAGCCGAAACUAUUUGGUGGAAACUUGGAUGAAUAUAUUGAGGCAACAGGCCAUGAAAUCCCUACAGUUAUUAAAAGCUGUAUACGGGUCUUGAACCUGUACGGCAUGCACCAUCAGGGGAUCUUUAGAAUUCCCGGCUCACAAGUCGAAAUCAACGACCUGAAAACAGCAUUCGAGAAAGGCGAUGAUCCACUAGCAGACGAAGAAGACGCAUGUGAGAAAAUAAACUCUGCAGCUGGAGUUCUCAAAAUGUUCUUCAGGGAGCUGAAACCUCCACUUUUCCCCUUGCCGCUGUUUGACGAGCUUAUUAACUGUAGUCGUCUAGAUGAGCAGGCUAAGAUAGACAAGAUCAAGGAACUGUUGCUGUCACUAUCCAGGCCGAUAGUCAUCGUCAUGAGAUACCUCUUUGCAUUCCUCAACCAUCUGUCUGAAUACUCUGACGAGAACAUGAUGGACCCCUACAACCUUGCCAUCUGUUUCGGCCCGACUCUGAUCCCCAUCCCGCCCGACCGCGAUCAGGUCACGUUCCAGACGAAUGUCAACGAGGUGAUCAAGACAGUUAUACGAAACCAGGAUGAGAUUUUCCCGUCUGAUGGAGGAGAGAUGUAUGAAAAAUGUAUCGUUGAUAUGGGACAAGACUCCCUUGAUGGACUGGAGGAGGAGGAGGGAGAGAGCUCCAUGCCGAGUGAUGAUGACGAAGACACAGAAGUCUAUGAGGCCUCAGCAUUGUAUGACUUCAAGGGGCGUACAGAUCGCGAACUCUCAUUCAAGAAGGGAGAUAACCUUGUCCUGUACACGAAGGCGUCCGCAGAGUGGUGGGAGGGGGCAUUCGCAGGGAAGGAAGGCCUCAUACCAUCCAAUUAUGUAGCUAUUAAGCACCAACCCGAGGAUAAGAAGAGCAUUUCAGAUGACACAAAAAGCACUUCCUCUUCUUCGUUGUCACUGUCCUCUAGAUCCGGGGAGCAUGGAAGCUUGAAAUCAUCAAGUGUCUCAUCAUCAAAGAUGCUUAUGGAAUCUGAGAUUAAAGAAACUGUAAUUGAUGGACCAAAGGAGCCGCAAGAGCUAAUUGUUGGAAAUGUUGGAAUUAUUACUUCUAGUCCAGGAAAUCUUAUGAGCCAAUCGAUGUUUACUGAAAGUCGAUUGUCAGAAUCGAGGUCAAGUACAAAAAGUGACUCUGGGUCUCGAUAUCAUCUUGGUCAAGGAGUAGAGUUACUCAAGAGACAAGUAUCGACUCCAGAAAAGACAGACUCUAAUCAAACCAGUGCUUCGGAGGAUAUUACUAGUAUGGAUAAUGUUUUAGCUGAGAUUAUGUCUGACGUAAGAUCUCUGGAGCUACAGCAGACUUCAGAUAAAAGAAUGAGUCUGCCAUUUCAGAAAAAUAAAUCUUCCGCUAAGCACACUCCAGAUUUAGUCCUAGACUUACCUGAAGGAUCAAAUUCACCAUCGUCACAGGAUGGCAGUGAUCAUGAUAGUCCUACUAUGAGUGCUGCCGAAACGUUUGCUAAAUCUAAUCAAGGGACUCUAAAAAAGGCUGCCUCAAUGCCGAGAAAUAUUUCAAACUCAGAAAUGUACAAAACAGAUAUACAACAGCAAAAACCUAGUGACCCUCUAAACAAAUCAGGGCCUAUGCUAUCCACAUUUGGUUUCAAACGUGAUGAUGUUACGACACCUUCAGUGGCAAUGUCGGGCAGGAAGUAUAGCCUAGAUGAACACCAUUUAAAAUCCUCCCCAAUGUCUCAAGUGCAUAGUGUUAGUUUCACUCCUCCCAUCUCCGAAAAGCCAAAACCACCAUUAAAGGUAAAACCACCUGUUAUGAAGAAACCGUCAACCCGUUCGCCAGAUAUGUCGAGACGGUUGGAGACCAAUUUGGACAAUAUUCCGCCAAAAUCGACUUCUCCGUCAUCUUUUAAGUAAAAUGUGCAAUUUUGAGCCUGAAAUUCAGGCAAUUAUUUAUGUUUUAAUUGAUUUUGCAAUUGAAAAAGAGCUCAAUUUCAGAAUGUAUUGCUUUAACUUGAGUGUAACAUGAUAACAGUGGGUCACUGCGAUAUAGUCUAAACAUGUGUAUGUUAGAAAUAGGAUGUUUAUUACAUAAGAUAUGUUUUGUUAGAUGAUUUUUUUCUUUGCUGUGACAAAAUUGGAAGAUCAUGCCUAAUUUUAUAAUUAACGCCUUAGAUCAGUAAUAAUUUUUAUUUUGAAUAGGUCUCUUUUUCUUGCAAUGUUAAAGCAAAGACUAUCAAAUCAAAUAUAAUUCAUAGGAAAAAUAUUUUUAACAAGAUUUUCCAUUGUUAUUGCUAUGUUUCUUGGAAACCUAGAAAGAAAUGUAAGGUUUAACAACUGUAUGUUUAAUAAAAAAAUGUUCACUUGCUUUGCAAAAGAAUAAUUAUGGUUUCUUAUAUACCCUUAUCAUUAUAAACGAUGUCAUAGUGGAAUUGUGGGGGACUUUAUCAUAUUCAGUGAUAAUUUCUAAAGAUUUUACCGAUGUGUUCCCAAACAAAACAGUUUCCUCAAUGUUUGCAAUUAUAAUGAGUGCAUUUAUUAUUAUUCAGCAUAAUAUAUAAUAUACUCUCUGUAAAUAGAUGGAGGUUAUUUUUAUUGGUAUAUGUUUUUGUACAUGUGUAAAUAGACAAAUUAAUCAUUUCUUCUGAACUAUCUCUCGAUAUAUGUAAAGCAAAAAGUCUACAGGACAAGGGUACAUUUAUUCUAUAAGUAAGCUAAAAUGGCUGCAAUUUUUAAAAUAAUUUAUCUAAUUAUUUUUGCCUUUUAUCUGUCAUGUUGAUUGUUAAUUUGUGUACACAGUGGUCGAAAUUUAUAGGACAAGUUUGUAAGCCAUGCACGGUUAAAUGUUUACCAGGCAUGCAUUGAUUCUGGAUUUUAUGUAGAAGGGUGUUGUUUUGUUUUUAAAAAGUGAUGCCCACCGCUGGUGUAAUAAUUCAGACUUGUUCAUCCAAAUGUCUUAUUGUUAUGAUUGUGUACAUGUACAUGCUUGGGUACAUUGAAUUAAUACUCUAGUCAGUAAAUGGUCGGAUUUUCUGCAUUUUAAUUGCAAUGCAAGGAAAUGUACAGACUUAAUACUAAAACAGACGUAGGUGAUGAUGUUAUUUGUCUUUGUUAAUCUUUAACAGACUACAUUUGCUGCAUCCAUAAAGCAUUUUACAAAAAUAUGGCCUUUCAAAAAGUGUGAAAGCUUAGGUCAGGACUCAAGCAUUAUUAUUAUUUCAUGUCUUCCAGAAAUUAUGAAUUAUCAUACCACACGGGAGUACUUGGGUAAUGCUAUAUGGUACUAUUUGAACCUAGGUUUGGAUACUAAUGAGAAAUUGCUCAUACAUAAAGCUUUAUUGAGUGUUAAGGUAAAACAAUUUACUCUGAGGUGCAGAACCCAUAUUCACUUAUGUCUUCAGUCUGAGUUCGAGACUCGGGCUCAGAACGCUGAAUUCUUGGAUGUUUUAAGAUAUCUCUAAUAUAACUAAAUUUGACAAAUGAUUUUUUUAUAUUACAUUCGUUUUACUCAUUCCUUUGAAAUAAUUGUGAAAUGUUUAAGUUAUAAUAUACCCUGAAUUUGUUUACCACUGUUGCUGUACAAGACAGAAAGUUGCGAUAAUGUUAAGCUUUGCGGUUCUUGUGCCAUGAUUAAGAACAGUCUCAAGUCCAAAUCUAGACUCAGACUCAUUUUUCUUUUAAAUAGAUAAGAAUCAUCUUUAUUCCUUUGGUUUUAUGAAAAAUAAAUGUGAAUGAGUUGACAAUUUAGCAAUUUCAUCAUCAAAACUCAACUAGAUAAAACUUGGCAAUAAAAUAAAGAUUUAUAGUUCUGCUACUUGAACCUGAACUCUGAACGUUAGUAAUUAUGGGCCAAGACGUUGGUGAAUAAGCCCAUUAAUGUCUGUUGAAAGUCCCACACAGAUGAAAGAGCCACAAGACUCCUAUCCUAGUAAUUACAUGCAUUAACAUGCAGUUGUUUCAAUGUUCUUCAAUGUGGGUUUAGCUAAAGAAAUCAUAUUUCUGUUUGUUAUACAUGUAUAUAUACACUGUAAGUAUCCGGAUGUUAGUUAUUUAAUUACAUAUUCUCACUCUAAGCUUAGCACAUAAUCAAGAUUUGUUCAAGCACUAGCCUGAAUUUUAAUAUUGUUCUGUAAAGUACCAAAAACUAUACAAGCUUAACUAUAUAAAUAUAAGCAUACUGAAAGUUUCUACUAGCCUGAAAACAUUGUUUGAUUACUAUCUUAAAGUUUUUAUUGCAAAUGUUAAUUUCAAUCCCAAAAAGAGUGUGGCAUUUGAAAUAAUACGACCGUCUUAAAUAAUACGACCGUCUUUUUGUAAUAGUUUUCUUAAUAUUAAGAGUAGGUUUUAGCAAAGUGUUUUGGACGUCUGUGCUUUGGGUCUGCCACAAUUGAGAUAAUGUGUAAUGGGAUUAUUGCAGCCCUAGAUAAUAACUGCUUUGUUUAACUGAAGAAUAUAUUUGAUCAACGCCAUAUGCAUUUUAUUGUCCAGGUUAACCGUGUGACAAGUAAAUUUUUCCAUUACGAUAAUUCUUAGAGCAAAAUGCUGACUUGAAUUGUGUACCUUUUAAUUUGUGUUAAUCCUUUCUUGAAUUGUUUUGAUUCCUUAAUGUGUCUUUGUUUUCAUGUAUAUUUGUGAUUUUACAUGUUUGUUGUAAAAAUUCAAAGUGCAAUUUCUUUUUAUUGGAGUAUGUUAAUUUUCUUGUUAUUUAGUUUGUAGAGAAGUGUUUAAUGUCCAUAAUUUUCUUAAAUAAUAAUUAAUAACAAAAGAGAAACAUUGUUUCCUUUAGAAUUUCUUAAUUGAUCUUGAACAGAAACAUUUUAGAUCACUUUCUCAGUUCUCUUAAAAGGAUGUAAUGGCUAUAGCUAUCAUAAACAUGUGUAUAUUGGAAGGAUUUGGGGCAAAUUGUUCAGAACUUCAAUAAAGUUAACAAUAUUGUUAACAUCAUAGAUGUUUAUUGUUAACGUCAUAGAUGUUAACUUUCAAAUCUUUACUGCUCUGGAAGUUUUUAAUAUACCAGUAUCCUUGUGAUCUGCAGUAUUUCGAACAAGAUCUAAAACAGCUUUGAAUAAUAUGAGCUCAUCGUCAAAUACUGGUAUGUCACAUUUAAAACCUUCCAAGGAACUCGUUAUUCAUAUUAACUUAGCAAAGUUCUGACAAAUCGGACCAUUGUUUCCUUUAAAGACUCCUUAAAUGGGAACUAAAUUUAAUUUUCCUUUUUCUAUUAAAUGGAGUUCAACAUUUAGUCAACAUUACACUUUUUAUUCAAGUAUUUAGUGUGGUCGAGGGAUGCAAGUGAAGAUGUUCCUUGUCACUUGGAACAUUUUUUAUUUCACCCAUUGUUGGCCAAUAAACAUAAAUAUUUUGAUCUAUCAAGGAGACUGUGUUUCAUUAAAGCCCUGAACAUGCUGGGCAUGUCAUUGUGUGUCAACCAGUACUGCAUAAUGGCUGUGACACAUUGUCAGAAUGAUGUACCGUUAAUGCAUAAUUUCCAUUUUCUAAAGGUUAGCAUAUUUUUAACAAAACAUUAUCAUCAAGUACAUGAGAAUAAAUGUUCUCACUUUUAGAAAUUGAAAGUACAGAUUGAAACAACAUUUUUUUAAUCAUUUUGUACUGAAGUAUAUAUAGGUGAUUAUUCUUCUUGUGUGCUAAAAUGCAUUAGUUUGUUAAUUCGUAUCAAUUCAUUAGAAAGUAUUUUAUUCAAUUUCAUGCUGGCAUUGUAUAAAGCAUUUCUGUCUCUCAUUUGUGUUCAGUCUAACUCAAAGAUAUUCAAGGAAUAUUAUCAUGUGUAUUUCAUAUAUAAAUAUCUUAAUAGUAACACUUCUAGAUAGACAGAACGUGUAAGUUUAUAACUGUAAGUGACUUUUCUUAGUGCACCAUUAUAGUGAAAAAAUAUGUAUGUGCAAUGCCAUUUCAAGGUGUUAUUAAACUAGAGACUAGACUUGUGUAUAUAUUCUAGAAACUGUUAAGCUGUAUUUUAUAUAAAAUUGUGCUAAAACAGAGGAGACCAUAUUCUUGGUGAAAUAAAGAAUAAAAAUAA